GGGGCGGCGGGCGCGGGGCGGGCACGGGGGCCGCGCCGGCCUGGCACUAAUGUCUGCCUUUGUGUUUCUCCCACUCCAUCCUCUUCUCCGGCGCUCCGGGUCCUGCCGACCACGCAGGAAGGCCUGGACGACGGCCCCGACUUCCUCUCGGAAGAGGACCGCGGACUUAAAGCAAUAAACGUAGAUCUUCAAAGUGAUGCUGCUCUGCAGGUGGACAUUUCUGAUGCUCUUAGUGAGAGAGAUAAAGUAAAAUUCACUGUUCACACAAAGAGUUCAUUGCCAAAUUUUAAACAAAAUGAGUUUUCUGUUGUUCGACAACAUGAGGAAUUUAUCUGGCUUCACGAUUCCUUCGUUGAAAAUGAAGACUAUGCAGGUUACAUUAUCCCACCAGCACCACCAAGACCUGAUUUUGAUGCUUCAAGGGAAAAACUACAGAAGCUUGGAGAAGGAGAAGGGUCCAUGACGAAGGAAGAAUUCACAAAAAUGAAACAGGAACUGGAAGCUGAAUAUUUGGCAAUAUUCAAGAAGACUGUUGCAAUGCAUGAAGUGUUCCUGUGUCGUGUGGCAGCACAUCCGAUUUUGAGAAAAGAUUUAAAUUUCCAUGUCUUCUUGGAAUAUAAUCAAGAUUUGAGUGUGCGAGGGAAAAAUAAAAAAGAGAAACUUGAAGAUUUCUUUAAAAACAUGGUUAAAUCAGCAGAUGGAGUAAUUGUUUCAGGAGUAAAGGAUGUAGAUGACUUCUUUGAGCAUGAACGAACAUUCCUUUUAGAAUAUCAUAACCGAGUUAAGGAUGCAUCUGCUAAAUCUGAUAGGAUGACAAGAUCUCACAAAAGUGCUGCAGAUGAUUACAAUAGAAUUGGUUCUUCAUUAUAUGCUUUAGGAACUCAGGAUUCUACAGAUAUAUGCAAGUUUUUUCUCAAAGUUUCAGAACUGUUUGAUAAAACAAGAAAAAUAGAGGCACGAGUGUCUGCUGAUGAGGACCUCAAACUUUCUGACCUUUUAAAAUAUUACUUAAGAGAAUCUCAAGCUGCUAAGGUAACUUUAUUGUUCAUUGUUUUUUAAAAAGGACUGUUUUAC